CCACCAGUGCCCCGGGCUCCCAUGCCUGCCCCCAAAAGGGAACACGGGCAGCCACCGAGGCCACACUCGUGCCUGGGGUGUCCUGGGUCUCCUUGAGGAGCUGACCCCAUUGCGCUGAGGACUGCCCCGUUCAGGGGUGCACACAGGCUUUGUGACUGAUUCUGACACAGACCACACGCACGAGGAGCGAGGUCGAGGGCUGGGCUCCUGGCCCAGGUCUGCUCGGAGUGAGGACCUGCAGAGAUGGAGAAGGAGGAGGAGACGACUCGGGAGCUGCUGCUGCCCAGCUGGCAGGGUAGUGGCUCGCACGGGCUGACCAUCGCUCAGAGGGACGGAGGCGUGUUUGUGCAGGAGGUGCAGCAGGAUUCACCUGCCGCGCGUGCCGGCGUGGUCCAGGAGGGUGACCAGAUCGUGGGUGCCACCAUCUACUUUGACAAUCUGCAGUCGGGGGAGGUGGCACAGUUGCUGAGCACCGUGGGCCACCACACUGUGGGCCUGAAGCUGCACCGCAGGGGUGACCACUCCCCUGAGCCCGGCCAGGCCUGGGCACAUGAGGCCGUUGGCUCCCAAAGCCCAGAGAUGAUUCUGAGCGGGGCUGAUGAGGAGUACCAGCGCAUCUACGCCACGAAGAUCAAGCCAAGGCUUCGACCAGAGGACGGGGUGUCAGGGGACCCCGGGGAGACCCAGAGCCGCACCAUCACGGUGACCAGAAGGGUCACCGCCUACACUGUGGAUGUCACCGCCCCUGAAGGAGCCAAGGACAUCGACAUCAGCAGCCCUGAGUUCAUGGUCAAGAUUCCAAGGCAUGAAGUGACCGAAAUCUCCACAGUGGAUGUAGAAACCUGGCCUGGGAAGACAGUGAUCAAGCUGCCCUCAGGGCCAGAGCUCCAGGGUGCAGGCACCUCGAAAGUCCAGGUCACCAUGCCUGGGGUGAAGGUGGGGAGCCCGGGUAUCAGUGUCAGUGAGAAGGGCCUAGACUUGGGUGGCAGGGCAGCUGUCCACAUUCCAGGAGGGAAUGUCCCAUCUUCUCUUGGGGCUGGAGCAGCCGAGGUGGACAGUGGAAAAGUUAAAAUUCCUACCUUGAAGAUGCCAAAGUUUGCGGUUUCUCCAGGGCCUGAGGGCCAGGCAUCUGGGGCAGGACUAAGUGUCUCUGGGGGUAGUGGGCCAGGUGUGGUCAUCAGGGGGAACAUCCAGGCUCCACAUCUGGACAGCAGUGUUGAGGGGAUCCUGAAAAGCCCCCAGGUCGCUGGGCCGCCCCUUGAGGGGGAGUUAGGCCUGAAGCGGGCCGAGCCACAGGGGAGCAUUGGAGUGGAUGUCUCUGUCCCCCAAGUCGAGGGCAGUGUCAUGUGCCCCAGUGGGGAGGUGCGAGCCCCUGGUGUACAUGUGCCCAAGUUGAAGGGGCCUCAGUUCUCACCCGGUUCAAAGGCAGAGGGAGCUGGUAUCGACGUGACGCUGCCCAUGGGGGAAGUGACUCUCCCAGGGGUUCCUGGAGGUGUUGGCCUGCCUGAGAUUGUCCCUGGUGGGCUGGAAGUGAAGACUAAGGGUGCCAAGAUGAAAACUCCUGAAAUGAUUAUUCAGAAACCAAAAAUCUCUAUGCAAGAUGUGGAUUUGAGCCUCAGGUCCCCCAGACUGAAAGGAGAUAUUAAAGUUUCUGCUCCUGAGGUAAAAGGUGACAUGAAGGGCCCUCAAGUGGCACUAAAAGGCUCCAAAGUGGACAUAGAGGCACCAGACUUGGAGGGGACCUUGACAGCCCCCAAGCUUGGUGGCCCUUCUGGGAAGACGGGGACAUGUAGGAUUUCCAUGGCAGAUGUGGACCUGAACGUGGCUGCACCUAGAGUGAAAGGGGGUGUGGACGUCACACUCCCGAAAGUAGAAGGGAAAUUCAAGGUGCCUGAAGUUGAUGUCAAAGGUCCCAAAGUGGAUGUCAGCGGCCCAGAUGUGGAGAUUCAUGGCCCAGAGUGGAACCUGAAGAUGCCCACGGUCAGCAUUCCAGGAGUCAAGGGGGAUGCCCCGCAUGUGGGCGUGACUGUGCCCAAAGGGAAUGCCAGUGUUUCAGGGCCAAAGGUCAACGUGGAAGCACCAGGGUUCCACAUGGAGGGUUUUGGAGGGAAACUUAAAGGCCCUGAUACUAAGCUGCCUGAAGUGGGUUUGAAGACACCCAAGAUCUCCAUGCCUGGUGUAGAUUUGCAUGCUGAAGGGACAGAAGUGAAAGAGUGUGAUGCAACAGUACCAAAGCUUGAAGCAGAGGUUCAAGGUUCUAAAGGGGGCGUCAGUGUCCCAGAUGUGGGUGUUCACGGCCCUGACUGGCACCUGAAGAUGCCCAAGAUGAAAAUGCCCAAGUUCAGCAUGCCUGGCUUCAAGGCAGAGGGUCCUGAGGUGGAUGUGAACCUGCCCAAGGCUGAUGUGGACUUUUCUGGGCCCAAGGUAGAGGCUGGUGUUCUGGGUGUGAGCCUUGAGGGACCAGAUGGGAGGCUGAAAGAGCCUAAGUUUAAAAUGCCCGGGAUGAACAUCAAAGCCCCCAGGGUCUCCAUGCUGGAUAUGGACUUACACUUGAAAGGUCCUCAUGCAAGGGGAGAAUAUGAUGUCACAGUGCCAGGGGUUGAAGGUGAGAUUAAAGUGCCUGAUGUUGAACUUAAAACUGCCAAAGUGGACAUUGAUUUACCAGGUGUGGAAGCUCAGGGCCCAGACUGGCACCUAAAGAUGCCCAAGAUGAAAAUGCCUAAGUUCAGUGUGCCUGGUGUGAAGGCAGAGAGUGCAGAAGUGGAUAUGAACCUGCCCAAGGCCAACAUGGAUGUCUCAGGCCCCAAAGUGGAGGUAGGAGUCCCAGAUGUAAAUGUUGAAGUCCCUGAAGGGAAGCUGAAGGGUCCUAAGCUUAAGAUGCCAGAGAUGAUUAUCAAGGGCCCCAAGAUCUCCAUGCCUGACGUGGAUUUGCAUGUGAAAGGUCCCAAGGCGAAGGGGGAAUAUGAUGUUACAGUGCCAAAGUUGGAAGGGGACCUGAAAAGCCCCAAAAUAGAUGUCGGUGCUCCAGACAUUGAUAUUCAUGGUCCUGAUUGGAGCCUGAAAAUGCCGAAGAUUAAAAUGCCCAAGUUCAGCAUGCCCAGUCUCAAAGGAGAGGGCCCAGAAGGGGAUGUGAACCUGUCUAAGGCUGAUUUGGACAUUUCUGCACCAAAGGUUGAUAUUAGUGCCCCAGAUCUGAGCCUCGAAGGACCAGAAGGGAAGUUGAAAGGCCCCAAGUUUAAGAUGCCAGAGAUGCACUUCAAGGCUCCAAAGAUGACUCUGCCAGAUGUUGACAUGGAUCUUAAAGGACCAAAUGUGAAAGGAAAUCUGGAUAUGUCUGUACCAAAAAUAGAGGGUGAGAUGAAAGUUCCAGAUGUGGACAUGAAAGGUCCCAAGGUAGAUAUUAAAGCAACAGAUGUGGAUGUUCAAGGCCCAGACUGGCACCUGAAGAUGCCCAAGGUGAAAAUGCCCAAGUUCAGCAUGCCUGGCUUCAAAGCAGAGGGCCCCGAGGUGGAUGUGAACCUGCCCAAGGCCAACAUUGACAUCUCAGCACCUAAAGUGGACAUUGACGUUCCAGAUGUGAAUAUUGAAGGUCCAGAAGGGAAACUGAAGGGCCCCAAGUUCAAGAUGCCAGAGAUGAACAUCAAAGCCCCCAACAUCUCCAUGCCAGAUUUUGACCUGAAUCUUAAAGGGCCUAAAGUGAAAGGAGAUGUAGAUGUCUCACUUCCGAACGUUGAAGGUGAUUUGAAGGCGCCUACUCUUGACUUAAAAGGCCCAAAGUUAGAUAUGGAUGUUCCAGAUGUUGACAUUCAUGGCCCAGAGGGCAAAUUAAAAGGACCAAAAUUACAGAUGCCUGACAUGCAUGUCAACAUGCCCAAGAUCUCUAUGCCAGAAAUUGACUUGAAUUUGAAGGGCUCUAAGCUGAGAGGAGAUGUUGAUAUCUCUGGGUCCAAAUUGGAGGGUGACUUUAAAGCUCCUAAAUUGGAUGUGAAGGCUCCAGAAGUAGACAUUUCUGAGCCUAAACUCAAUAUUGAAGCCAAGUCAAAGAAAUCUCGUUUUAAGCUUCCCAAAUUUAAUUUUUCUAGCUCAAAAGUUCAGACACCUGAGGUGGAUGUCAAAGUUAAAAAGCCUGAUAUUGAUGUGUUCAGUCCAAAAGCUGAUAUUAAUGCUCCCGAUGUUGAAGUCCAAGGAAAAGUGAAAGGAUCCAAGUUUAAGAUGCCCUUCCUGAGUAUUUCAUCACCCAAAGUCUCUAUGCCUGAUGUGGAGCUAAAUUUGAAAGGCCCUAAAGUCAAAGGAGACUUAGAGGUUGCAGGUCCUACCAUGGAAGGAGAUGUUAAAGUACCCAACAUGGAUAUUCAGGCACCACAAGUCCAUCUUAGUGCGCCUGAUGUGGACGUUCACGGUCCUGAGUGGAACCUGAAAAUGCCCAAAAUGAAAAUGCCCAAGUUUAGUGUUCCUGGCUUAAAAGCAGCAGGUCCUGAUGUAACUGUGGAUAUACCAAAAGGAGACAUCAACAUGGAAGGUCCCAGUCUGAAUAUUGAGGGCCUAGACGUCAGUGUGGAGGGUCUGGAGGGAGGCUUAAAAGGCCCCAAAUUCAAGAUGCCUGACAUGAAUAUUAAAGCUCCCAAGAUCUCCAUGCCCGAAAUUGACUUAAAUCUGAAAGGUCCCAAUGUGAAAGGAGAUGUGGAUCUUUCUCUUCCCAAACUUGAAGGAGAUCUGAAGGGGCCGGAAGUUGAUAUGAAAGGCCCCCAAAUGGACAUCAAUCUUCCAGAUGUGGAUGUUCAUGGUCCAAACUGGAACCUGAAGAUGCCCAAGGUGAAAAUGCCCAAGUUCAGCAUGCCUGGCUUCAAAGCAGAGGGCCCUGAAGUGGAUGUUGCUCUCCCUAAAGCUGAUAUUGACAUUUCUGUCCCUCAUGUAGACAUUGAAGCACCAGAUGUGAAUAUUGAAGGUCCAGAGGCGAAACUGAAGGGUCCCAAGUUCAAGAUGCCAGAGAUGAACAUCAAGGCCCCCAGGAUCUCCAUGCCUGAUGUGGAUCUGGAUUUGAAAGGCCCUGAAGUAAAAGAUUUUAAUGUUUCUGUCCCUAAGAUUGAAGGGACUUUCAAAGGUCCUGAAGUGGAUCUUAAGGGUCCAGCUCUGGAUUUUGAAGGACCUGAUGCCAAACUCAGAGGCCCUAAUUUGAAGAUGCCAUCCCUGGACAUAUCUGCUCCUAAAGUAACUGUUCCUGAUGUUGAUUUGCACUUGAAGAUGCCCCAAAUUGGAGUUUCUGAUCCCAAGUUAGAAGGUGGUGAAGUGAACCUCAGGGGGCCCAAGGUUGACUUAGAAGCGCCAAACUUAGAUGUGGACAUGCAAGGCCCAGGUAUUAGCACUGAGUGGGACGAUGUGAAAAAUCCCAAGUUUAAGAAACCCAAGUUUGGAUUUGGAGCAAAAGGCCCUACAGCUGACAUCAAGCCAUCUUCGCUCGAUGUGUCCAUGCCCGAGGCAGAGUUGAAUGUGGAGAUUCCUGAGGUUGGUACUGGUGGCAAGAGCAAGAAAAGCAAGUUUAAGAUGCCUAAGCUUCACAUGAGUGGUCCUAAGGUGAAGGCCAAGAAGCAGGGCUUUGACCUGAAUACUCCUGGGGGCGAAAUUGAUGCCAGUCUCAAGGCCCCAGACGUGGACAUCAGCAUUGCUGGGCCGGAUGCUGCACUCAAAGUUGACGUGAAAUCUCCCCGCUCCAAGAAGACUAUGUUUGGGAAAAUGUACUUCCCAGAUGUAGAGUUUGACAUUAAAUCACCCAAAUUUAAAGCCGAGGCCUCCCUCCCCAGCCCCAAGAUGGAAGGUUCAGUCCAGGCACCCGAUCUGAAUCUCUCUUCACCGGGGAUCAAUGUGGAGGGUCCAGAUAUUAAGGUGAAGGCCCCCAAAUUCACAAUGCCAGGUGUGGAUGUCUCAGGGCUGAAGACAGAAGGGGACUUGAAAGGCCCCAAGGUGCAGGCCAACUUGGAGGCACCUGGAGUCACCAUUGAAGGCCCAGAUUCCAAAGUCAAAGCACCUUCUUUCAGCGUUUCCACCCCUCAGGUCUCCAUGCCCGAUGUGAAUGUUAAUUUGAAAGGACCAAAGAUACAGGCUGAUGUCCCCAGUGUGGGACUCGAAGGACCAGAUGUAGAUCUGCAAGGUCCAGAAGCGAAAAUCAAGUUCCCCAAGUUUUCAGUGCCCAGGAUCGGUGUCCCUGCUGUCACCAUGGAGGCGGGGGGCACUGAGGCUGGGGUCCAGCUGCCCUCUCUCAAGGGGGCCCCGAGUGCUCCAAACAUCAGGCUCCAAGGGCCUGGGGUCACUCUGGUGGGGCCGGGCGUGGACUUGCCUUCCAUGAACCUGUCUGAAGUCUCUGGGCCUGACCUUGAUCUGAACUUGAAAGGACCAAGUCUGAAGGGAGAGCUGGGUGCCUCUGUUCCCAGUGUGAGGGUGCACAGCCCAGGUCUUGCCCUCGGAGGUGGUGCCGGGAAGGUGCAGAUGGGAGGAGAUGCCGUGAAAGUGCCAGGUGCCGAUGUUGGAGCCCCAGAUGUGACACUGCAGGGACCAAGCCUGCAGGGAGACCUGGCUGUCUCGGGUGACAUCAAGUGUCCUAGGAUCUGCACAGGUGCCCCUGAACUGAGCGUGGAAGCACCAGAAAUUGGAAUGAAACUUCCCCAAAUGAAGCUCCCCCAGUUUGGCAUCUGUACACCAGGGUCCGACACGGAUGUCGGCAUCAAGGGGCCACAGGUUGCUGGAGGGCUAAAGGGGAAGGGCGUGGACAUGAGUCUGAAAGGGCCACAGCUCUCCGCACCUGACGUGGACUUUAACAUUCAGGGACCAAAAGUGACAGGCAGCCUGGGGGCCCCUGGAGAGGUGAAAGGGGCUCUUCAGGGAGUCAGCAUUCAAGGCCUGGAAGGAAACCUGCAGGCCCCUGCACUGCCGACGGCCCGAGGUGGCGUGGAUCUGCCUGGUGUGACGGUGAUGCUCCCAGCAGGGCAGAUUGCCAGUCCUGACAUCAGAGGGGGCCUGAAGGCCUCCGGGCUGGGUCUCCACGGGGCUGCUCCUGAGGUCAGCGUCAAGGGGCCUUCCCUCUGUGUGGCCUCCCCCGAGUCUGAUGUUGGUGUCAGCUUGAAGGGCCCGAAAGUCAAAGGCGGCAUGGACAUGUCAGGGGGUGUCGGCGCCCCUGACAUCAGCCUGGGGGAGGGCUGUCUCGGUGCCAAAGGCUGUGGGGCAGAAUGGCAGGGGCCCCAGGUCUCCUCAGCUCUCAGCUCAGGCCUCCACUUCUCUGGACCGAAGUCAGAGGGAGGCAUGAACGGGGGCGAGCUCGGGCUGAGUGUGUCCGGGCCCCAGGGCCCCAUGCAGAGUGGGUCUGGGAGAGUAACAUUCCCCAAGAUGAAGAUCCCCAAGUUCACCUCCGGCCGGGAGCUGGUUGGCAGAGAAGUGGGCGUGGAUGUCGCCUUCCCCACGGUGGAAGCCUCCGCGCAGGCUGGUGCCACAGGGGGCGAAUGGGGAGAGGCUGAGGUGAAGCUGAAGAAGUCCAAGAUCAAGAUGCCUCGGUUCACCUUCUCCAAGCCCAAGGGCAAGGGCAGUUCCUCGGGCUCUCCAGAGGCGUCUGUCUCGGAGUCCAGAGGGGACCUGAAGAGCUCCAAGGCCAGCCUGGGCUCUCUGGAGGGAGAGGCAGAGCCCGAGGUGCUGUCCCCCAGAGGCAAGUUCUCCCUGUUUAAGAGCAAGAAGCCGCGCCCCCGCUCCGGCUCCUUCAGCGAGGACAGAGAGCCUUCUGCUCCUUCCACUCCGACAGGGACUCUAGAGUUUGAGGGCGGUGAGCUGUCGCUGGAAGGAGGGAAAGCGAAAGGCAAACACGGCAAGCUGAAAUUCGGCACCUUUGGCGGGUUGGGCUCAAAGAGCAGAGGUCACUACGAGGUGACUGGGAGUGAUGAGGACGCAGGCAAGUUGCAGGGCAGCGGUGCAUCCCUGGCCUCCAAGUCCCGACUGUCCUCCUCCUCUAGCAAUGACAGCGGGACGAAGGUGGGGAUCCAGCUUCCCGAUGUGGAGCUGGCCGUGUCCGCCAGGAAGGAGUAGCCCGAGCCCGUGACCACGCCCUUGCAGGCAGCAGCCUUGGGGCGCCGUGUGUAAAGGCCAGAGCUUCCCGGCGGCCUCAGAGAGCGCAGAGCGGCCAGCGCCACCUUGGGCUCAGGAUGCCACGCUCCGUGAAGAGCUCUGGUUUGCCGGCCCUGGGCAGAGCCAACAGUGUUUGCCUUAAGAUUGCAGUUUUCUUUCUCUGUUUUUGCAUUGAACGCUGAGAGCGCCUGUUUACUAAGCAAGCUUUUGUGUUUAUUACCCUCAUUUGUACUGAACAUUGUUAAUUGUUGGGAUAAUGGACACCCACGACUUUCGGGGCUUCUGUUGGUGGGGACGGGGAGCGGCAGGGCUGCCCAGUCUCUGCUCCUGAGAGGGGACCGGUGGCAGCAGUCACCCCCGGCAUAGCCCAGGACAGCUGGCAGCCGCGGGUGUCUGCUGAGCUCUUGCAUAGCCUUCCCCAGGUGGCGGUUGGCAGUCCCACCAGCUUGGUGUCAGGAGAGGGAACCGGGAUCUGUGUGCAAGUUACUCAGCCUGCUGGGGACACCAGGGACUUCCAUCCAUGUUUUGUAAGAAAUGUUUCCUUCAUGACCAUCACGCUCCUGAUGAUAGUUCUGAUUUCUUUUAACAAAUGUUACCAUGACUGAGAAAAUUUCUGGCACUUUAAUGGCAAAAUUGUUUGAGAAUGUAAGGAAGUGGAUGCUGUACAAGGUAAAUAAAGCUGUGUAUUAACCCUGA